UGUCCUCGGGGCAAAUUCAUCAGAGUUCUUGUCAGAGAUGACCAGAUGACCAGUGUGUGGUACACAUUUUUGUUCUGGAAUUUAGUGCUCUUUGCUACUGGGAACUGUUUCUUAUGUAGGAUCCAUAAGAGGUACCUCCUUCCUUUCUCUGUAAGGUUAGAGGAAAGAUAUGUUGUAUACAGAUUGCACUGCUUAUGUUCACAAGGGAUAACUUUGAGGGAUAAAAAAGGAUAACAGAAAAGAUUCUUCACUGUAUGCCAAGGUUCACCAUGGUGGUCUGGAAUAACAAUAACACCAUGGAGCCUAUAUUUAUUCUGAGGGGAUUUCAUGGAUUGGAGUGUGUCUAUUCUUGGAUCUCAGUCCCAUUCUGUCUUGCAUACUUGGUAGCAUUUAUUGGUAAUGUUACCAUCCUCUCUGUCAUUUGGAUAGAGUCAUCACUCCAUCAGCCCAUGUACUACUUCCUUUCCAUCUUGGCACUGACUGACCUAGGUAUGUCUAUGUCCACACUUCCCACCAUGCUUGCUGUGUUAUGGCUGGAUGCUCGGGAGAUCCAGGCAAGUGCUUGCUAUGCUCAGCUCUUUUUCAUCCACACAUUCACAUUCCUGGAGUCUUCGGUGCUACUGGCCAUGGCCUUUGACCGUUUUGUUGCUAUCUGCCGUCCACUGCACUAUACUACCAUCCUUAACAACAGUGUAAUAGGCAAGAUUGGUUUGGCCUGCUUGCUAAGAAGCAUGGGAGUUGUACUUCCUACACCUUUGCUACUGAGACAUUAUCACUACUGCCAUGACAAUGCCCUUUCCCAUACCUUCUGUUUGCACCAAGACAUUCUGAAAUUAUCCUGUUCAGAUGCAAGGAUCAGCAGUGUCUAUGGCCUGUGUGUAGUUAUUACCACACUUGGUGUGGAUUCAGUCUGCAUACUUCUUUCUUAUAUCCUGAUUCUGAAUGCUGUGCUGGGGAUUGCAUCUCAUGAAGAGCGGCGGAAGGCACUCAACACAUGCAUAUCCCAUAUCUGUGUUGUGCUCAUUUUCUUUGUGCCAGUAAUUGGGGUGUCAAUGGUCCAUCGCUUUGGGAAACAUCUGUCUCCAAGAAUUCACAUCAUCAUGGCCGAUAUUUACCUGCUUUUCCCCCCAGUGCUUAACCCUAUUGUCUAUAGCAUCAAAACAAAGCAGAUUCGUCUAAGAAUUCUCCGCAGGUUUGGACUGCGGAGGGGGCAUUAAAUAACCUCUAUCCUCAAGUUUUCCCAUUAAAAAAUCUUGGGGCAGCUAUCUGAGUAGAAGAGAAGUAAAAUAUUUGGAGUGUGAUCAUCUGAUUAAAUCUAUAAUUCUUUCACUUUCUAGAUAUGUGAUCUCAGUUAAUCAUCAACCCUUGUUUUCAUAGCCAAAUUGAGAUAAGAAUGUUCUUUUAUAUCCCCCAAAUAAUUAUGAGAUGUAUAAGAGACAAUGUGUCUAAAAAGAUUCUUUUGAACAAUAUACAAUUUGUUAAUAUUAUUAAAUUAUUGGUAUGAAUGACAAUAAUAGCAAUAAGUUUCUUUAUAAAAUAUAGCUGUUUAUAUAGUUUCUCAUGUUUAUGAACCAGAAAUCAAUAUCUGUUUCUGAUCUGUCUAUAUUGUGUUUCUCAUGCCAAAGUUUCAUACUUAUUUAUAAAAAGAUUUCUGACUUCUUGGGGGCAAGUUUGGAACUUGAGUUUUUGACCAGACUUUGAACUGCUACUGUGGCCAUUGGCUAUAGACCAGUUUUCACCUCAUCAUUGGGCAGUAAUGUUUCUUUUCUCUCUUGGCCAUAUCUAUCACCAGAUAGAUCUAUCGGAUUUUUUUCUAUUUAUCAGCAAAUACUGAAGCAGACACAUGUGAGUUGCUCUAGAAAUCCUGACCAUCUAAACAUCUAGACAAGUGUGUAGAUUCCCUGUUCAAUAGCACAGAAUUUCAUGUCUGAAUCAGUGAGUGGGUUGGGACUUGUGCAAAGUAACCAUCCUUAUCUUUUAAUAAGGUUUUCUCCUCUUAUUCUCCAUGUCUGUGUAGAUUUUCAAUAGCAUUGUCUUUCUCAGUUUCAUUAUUGCCAAUAACCCAUUACUUAUUUUUCUCCUUCACUGGUAAGAUUUAUACAUAUGCCUUCAUUGGUGAUAUUUUAGUAUUUAAUACAUAUUCACUUUCUUCUCAGCUGUACUGAAAACUUUUUGAGCAUGGGGUCACUGCUACACUAACACAUCUCUCUGGGGCUGGUCUCUCCAACCAGCAUGAGUACUCAUAAAAUAGUUCUAAGUGUAAAAUUAUAUUGCCUAUUCACUCAUCCAAGAAAAAUAUACUGAGAAACAUGAAAUACCUCUUGUGGCAGUUAUUUCUUUCAAUACUGUGGAUAUAUAAAAUAUGCAUGAUCUUAAUGUUAAAUAAUUAAUGUUUAAUAGUGGAGACAUAUAUGAAAAGGAUAUGUUAGUAGUUAACAGAUGCUGUCACUGAAAUAAAUAAAUAGUGUAAUUUUGUUAUUAAAGAUUGGACUGAAGUAUUUGACACUUUAGCUGUGCCUUGUGGUUCAAAUUAAUCCUUGCUAGCUGGACUAGGUAUGAAAGAAAGUGGUAUGCUAAAGUUAACUUCUCUAGUUUAUGAACGCCAAUUGUACAAUAUCUUAUUCCAAAUCCAUGUUCUGUAAAACACUGGGAGUUUGAAACUGGUCAUGAUGGAAAUAUUUACACAACAGAAAUAGGCAAACAGUACAUACCUGGGCUUUAAAAAGUUUCCUAGAGAGUUGGUUGUUAAGCAUUUACCAGCAUACCACUGGGUAUGGUACUCCAGGAAGGGGAGGUAGCAUGAAGAAAAACAAAGACUGUAGAGAGAGCAUGUGUUAGUAAUAUACU